AUGAUCGUGCGGCAAGGUUCUCUGGGCCUCGCAGGGCUGGUCGUCACGUUGCUUGCUAUCGCUUCCGCAGCCUCGGCGCUGCAGGUCACGACGCAGGUGGCAGGUGAUGCAGCCACCUUGGUGAUUCAAGCCCACAAUGCCUCAUCAACCCUUACCGUCUCUACGCAAGGGGUGACGGCCACUUCCUCUGCAGGCACUGGUACUCUGCAUGCAACCAAGUUGGCAGCCCAGAACAAUUUGGCAGCCCAGGCCCAAGACACUGUGACCAUUGGUGAUGAGACGUACAUGGCCCUGGCAGAGUACUUCUCUCAGUCCAUCAUGAUCCAGCGCAUUGAUGGCCAUAGCGUUGAACUGGUGCAGACCAUAGCGGCCAAUUCGCCAGUGGACGUUGAGUUUUAUGAGUGGAACAGCGUCCAUUACCUCGCAAUCUGUAAUCGCCGAAAUCUAUCAUCCUACGGCGGUGGUGAAACCAACUCGGAGGUGUGGCGCCGCUCGGCAUCCACCGGCGUUUGGUCUCGUCUGCAAACAUUUGCCACCUCCUACUGCAGUGAUGUCGAGGUGAUCCCGUCCGCGGAUGGCAGCCUCUUUCUGGGCUUUUCCAACUUUAAGUACAUGGAUAGUGAUCGUGUCGACCUCGAGCUCGAGUCAGAUAUUUAUGCCUGGAGCCCGACCUUACAGCGCUUUCAGCUGCAACACGCGAUUACCACCCAAGGCGCUUCAAAAAUGGAGAGCUUCAUCUGGAACUCCAACACCUACCUUUUUGUUGGCAACAGCGAGAUGUUUGAGAGCACCUGGGGUAUUGUAGUCAAGGCCCAAGACUUCUCCUUAGACUCUAGCGUUUUCAAGCUCAACACCGCGUCGGCCACUUUUGAAAAAGUCUCAACCGUUGCUACCGCUGGCAUCUCCGAUGCCACAACCGCCGUCAUUGACUCAGAACUGUACCUCUUUGUGACCAAUCGCGUCUCGAACGACGGCGGCACGGACGACUAUGCCCAAACCCUUGAGGUGUACUUGUGGGUCAACUCCCUUGAAUCCUUCUUCAACGUCAAUACGCCUUCCGCCACUGUCUAUGCCGCCUCAGCCGUUCAAGUCGUCACGGUGGAAGACAACGUCUUCGUGGCUGUUGGUGCUGAGCGUGAUGCGGCCGAUUCCUCUGUCAAUGCCACGCUUGAUAUUUUCCGCCUUGACUUGACCCUGAAUGCUCUGGUACCCGUGUACUCGGCUGCCACGGGCACCGUUCGGUGCCUAAGCUCGCAUACCAUUGGCAACCAGGUGCUGCUCUUUGCUGCCGUUGAGCAACGCGAGGACAGCUACGAGGCGAACCCAGACCGCAUUACCACUGUCGGUGCACUUGAGACACUCCGACUUUUUCGGGCCUCUGCUGCUGACACCGACUUUGCCAAUACCGUCGGCUCGCUCUUCGUCGACGGCAGCGGUGAAGCAAGCAUUCGCAUUCCCGUCGUGGACAAUAACGCCGUUGAACCGGACGAGUACUUUUAUGUGUCCGUCACCGAAACCAAUGGGGGCGUACAGGUGAAUACGACGACUGUUCGCGUGGACCUGCCCGGAGUUGGGGUGGCUGAUUUGACAGUUUCUCCGAUUGUGACCGUGGUCAAUGGCGAUGAGCUUCUUCUUACCGAGGAACUGCCGGCAGGCCAGCAGCUUUGCACCUUUGCCUUUGGUGGUUCGCCCGUUUCAAGUGGCCUAAGCAUUGUGCAGAGUAGUAGCAACUUUGCCAUCGCCAGCGGGCUACUCUACACCACCGCCACCAUCGACCUGGAGCAAUACGAUUCGGAUUUCUUCACACUUUUGGUUGAGUACACCGGCACAAGCCCCGUUGCGCAGGCUUGGGUCGUCGUACGCAUUGAAGACAUCAACGACAACUUGCCCGUAUUUGUUGGCAAUGUUGGAUCCAAUGCCGCAUACCAGGCUGACGUGGAGGAGAACCAAGCCGUGGGGACCACGGUCGUUCAGCUGGUCGUCACGGAUCGCGAUGCAGAUCUAAACGUAGUUUACGGCAUUACUGAGGUUUCGCCCAGCUCUGCUUCGGGUUAUUUUGCCAUUGACAACUCCACGGGUCUGAUCACGACGCGCACCGUAUUCGACCGCGAAGCUCUCGCAGCUGGAGGCUCAGAAUCCUUUGUUAUCAACGUUGAGGCAUAUGACCCCCGUGUGAUCGACCACGUUGCUUCGACCUACGUUCUUGUUGACGUGACUGAUCAAAAUGACAACGCCCCCAUCUUCGCACAGAGCAACUAUUCUACCGUCAUUCCGGAGUUUGUGCAAGCCAGCUAUGUCGUGGUGGGCCAGCGCGAGGGAACUGCGAUUGGCAGUACCAUCAUUACGGGCAUCGCCGCCACGGAUGCAGAUGAGGCUGCCAACGCGGCUUUGACGUAUACCAUCAUCUCCGGUGACCCCCAAAGGCUAUUCUCCGUCGUAACGACCAACGGCGUCGCCAGCUUGCGUGCUGGCCUGCUCGACUUUGAAACUAUGACCACGACCGAUUUCAACAUCACCGUUGCUGCUUGUGAUACCCCCGCUGCCAGCGAUCCUUUUGGCCAGCAGUGUGAUUACACCUCGCUUUACAUCACCGUUGAAGAUGAGAACGAUAAUCCGCCCGUGCUAAGCCCAGUGGCUGUGAGCAGCGCCGUUGCCACGGUCGGUUCGACCAAUUACAUCCUGGCAUCCUACAGCGCUGGCCAGUCCUUGGGCACCAUCAGCGCCACCGAUGCCGACUCGGGCAUUAAUGAAGUGAUCACGUUCUCCACCUCCUCACCGGAGAUCAACGUGGAUAGCAACACCGGUCUCAUCACCCUUGCCGUGAACGCUUCCACCCUCACGGUGGGGUCGCACACCGUGACCAUUGCUGCAACAGAUGGUGGAUCGCCCUCCUUCACCCGAACCGCCACCUUUUCGUUCUCGGUUCUGGAUAUGCCCACUUUUACCGCCAGCCCGUAUGCUUUGGAUGUCACUGAGAAUACGCCGGCCGGUGCCCUGCUGGGCACGUCUGUUCAGGCUGCUGUCCAAGUGCAGCUGACAGGUACCUCCUUUCAGUAUCAGAUUCUGAGUGGAAAUGACCUGGGCCUCUUCAGCAUCGGGUCCUCCUCGGGUACACUGGCCGUGGCCGCGGGUGCCAGCAUUGAUUAUGAGACGCUGGCCGCGCAUGAAUUCACCCUCAUGGUUCGAGCAACAGAUCUGGGCAGUCCUCUCACAGGUCGCAGCUCCCUCACGGCCGUGAACAUCACCAUUCUUGAUGAAAAUGAUGUAGCUCCCACCUUUGAUCUUCCUGUCUAUGCGCUCGGCUCUGUGCCAGAAGACGAUGCAAACCUUGCUUUUGUUGCACGCAACUUUGUGAAUGUCUCGGCCAGCGAUGCUGAUCAAGAUCCCGUCUUGAGCUUUAGCAUUCUCUCUGCCACCGCAACGCACCCCGAAACGGGUGCGGUCAGUGACGUCAGUGCUCUAUUCUCCAUCGACUCCAGCACGGGCUACUUCAUGAAUGUGGCACCCCUCGAUGCCGAGCAAUACUCGGCCUUUGCUCUUCAGCUAGGUGUGAGUGACGGCAUUUUCAACGUAUCAGCAGCUUUGACCCUGCAGCUUUCGGAUAUCAACGACGUUGCUCCUGUGUUUGAAGAGGCUUUGAACAUCGAUGCCACCACUGUUUCAGAGUCGUUGGCCGUGGGCAGCCACGUGAUGUCAUUUCUUGUCACGGACAAGGACGUGGGCUCAACAAGUCUCACUUGGAGCCUGAUUGAUCUGCCUACUACUACAGGCUUGGUUGGCAAUAGCUCCCGCUUUGCACUCAGCCAUGGUGUUCUUACUGUCGCCUCGCCUCUCGACUACGAAACGCACGAGUCGCACCGUUUCAAUGUAACCGUUUCUGAUGGCCGUUUUGAGGCGAUGCUGACCUUCACCGUUUUCUUGACCAAUCAAAACGAGGUUCCGCCCGUUUUUACCCCCUCCUCCCUUGGCAACACGACGGUCGUUGAGAACGUUUCAACGGGUUACGAGCUCGGCUAUGUGGUGGCCAUUGACACCGAUACCGAUGCAGUGGUCACUUACACGCUCAUCUCGGGUGGCUUCGGCCACUUUGGGGUCGACAGCAACACUGGUCUCGUAGCGGUUAUUGCCCCACUCGAUCGCGAAAACAAGAGCGCAUACUCCCUUGUUUUCCGUGCCGCCGAUCAGUUUGGACUUGAAUCUCGCAGCACCGUGCACGUGAGCAUUGGGGAUAUCAAUGAUAACACACCAAUUUUCACGCAAGCCAACUAUGUUGCUGCCCCGGUGGCAGAGAAUUCGGCUCAGGGUACCCCUGUCAUCACCGUGUCUGCCACGGAUAUUGAUGCAGGCAUCAACGCCCAGCUGACUUACACCCUGCUGCCCGGCGCGGACGCCGGCCAUUUCAGCGUGCACCCAACCACAGGUGCUGUGACCUUGAGUGCUGAUCUCAUCGACCGUGAGGCAAGCGUGUCUCUCAGUUUUGUCAUUCAGGUCACGGAUGGUGGCCACCCAUCGCGCAGUGCGCAAGCCUCGGUUUCUGUCAACGUUUUGGAUGCUAACGACAAUGCACCUUACUUUCUUUCCAACGGGACUGCCCUGUCGCUUUCCGAAGCCACGUCCCCGGGCGCUGAGGUGUAUGACCUCCAGGCCUUUGAUGACGACGCUACCGUGGUUAACAAUGUUGUCACCUACGAGCUCAUUUCCGCGGACACCAGCGUGUUCAGUGUAGAGCAGUCGACGGGCAAGGUGGUUCUGGAGGCUGCUGUGGAUUUCGAGACUCGUGGCGCCCAGCCCUUUGUUCUCACGCUCCGGGCUCUUGAUUCAGGCUCUCCAACCCUCACCAGCAACGUCUUUACACUGACAAUCACAUUCACCGACGUUAAUGACAAUGAUCCGGUGUUCGAGCCCACGCAGAGUUUCUCGUACAGCGUUGCCGAGGAGCUGACCAACUUUGCCGUGUUUACUGUUGAAGCUUCAGACCCAGACCUUGUGGAUGUGGAUCAACUCACCUACGAUAUCGUGUCCAUCGUCCCGGAUGAUGACGUAUUUGUCAUCAAUGACCAGGGUGUUGUGCGAACCUCCCCCACGAACCGCAUUGACCGCGAGGCUUUUGGGCCGACCAACGCCGAAUACGCAGUCACCAUUCGCGUAUCCGAUAGCGGCAAUCGCACGGCCACGGCCACAUAUACGGUGACCGUCAUUGAUGUCAAUGAUAAUGCACCCGUUUUUAGCCAAUCCCCAUAUUCCACCACUGUGCCAGAGAGUGCAGCCAUCGGCACGACCGUGCUAACAGUGAGCGCCACUGAUGCUGAUGUGGCGGGCACGCCAGCGGGUACGAUCUCUGGGUAUACCAUCAUCUCAGGUAACUCGGCUGGCUUCUUUACUCUCAACAGCGCCACAGGUGUCAUUCGCCUGGCCCGUAAACUUGACGCAGAGACAGCGCCGGCUGGUGGUUAUCAACUGCGCAUCCGCGCGUCCGAUAGCGCCACCCCAUUUGUUCUCAGCACACAGGUUACGGUCCAAAUCAUCGUGUCUGACGUGAACGACAACGCUCCGCAGUUUCAACCUGGUGGAUACAAUGCUACCGCCAUCUCUGAGAGUGCAUCGGCUGGCACCACUCUGAUCCAGGUCACUGCCUACGACGCCGACAAGACCUCGGCUAACAACGCCAUCACCUAUGAUAUCGUGGGUGAUGUCACGGGUCAAUGGACCAUUGAUCAAUCUGGAACCAUCAUGCUCGCGACGUCCCCGCUUGACCGCGAGACGUACCCGGGUGAGCUCACCAUCACGGUGCGCGCCCGCGAUGCUGGUGGCUUGUAUGAUACAACUGAAGUGCGGUAUAUUGUUGAUGAUAUCAAUGACAACGUGCCUGUCUUUGCCCAGAGCUCUGCCAGCAUGGCCAUUGAUGAGGAAGUGGCGCCUGGCACUUUUGUCAUGCAGGCCCAAGCCACCGACGCCGAUAUUGGACUCAAUGCACGUGUUUAUUAUGGUCUGCGUGGCGCUGAUGCCAACUUUUUUGUCGUUGAUACCGAUUCGGGUAACAUCACCGUUGCGGCCCGACUUGAUCGCGAGCAACAGGCGUCGUACACCCUCCAAGUGAUUGCCUCCAACGCAGCGGCUCUAUCGGACCCUGUCGGCACUCAAAACAUCACCAUCAAUGUCAAUGACAUCAACGACAAUGGGCCUCAAGUCGCGGCGACCAGCUCUGCAUCCAUUGCAGAGAACACGGCCUCGGGUGUUCUUGUCACUACGAUUCAGGCAUCUGAUGCCGAUGCCAUCGCCUCGGGCUUUGGCGUUUUGAGCUACUCCAUUACCAGUGCCUUGGCGUUUGAAACGGCCACCGGGUUUACGGCAGCGGCCUCGGGCGUUUUCCAGAUCGACCCGCAAACGGGCGUUAUUACGACCCAGGGCAGUUUGGAUCGCGAGUUGUACGACAGCUUCACGAUUGUGAUUACUGUGCGAGAUGGCGGUGUUGUUCCACGAACUAACAGUACAACGCUGACUAUCACAAUCACCGAUCGCAACGACAACGCACCCCUCUUCGUCAGCAACCAGAGCAGCAGCUUUAGCAUUGCUGAAAACUCCACCGUGGGUGUGACACUCGGCUCUGUCUCCGCAACAGAUGCUGACCUGGACGACGCCGGGCGUGUGCGUUUUAGCUUCGUCGGCAGCAGCGGUCGGUUUAGCCUCAAUGCUCUGUCAGGCACCAUCACGCUGGCCUCAGCUCUCGACUACGAAACGCAGUCAACCACCUAUUCUCUGGUGGUCAAGGCUGAAGAUCUAGGCUCCCCCGCCUUGAGCACUUUGCUCAACAUCACCAUCACGGUGACUGACGUUAACGACAAUGCCCCAAGCUUUGCACAGUCAGCCUAUCCCUUUGAAGUUCUGGAGGGCCAGACUGGACUUGUUUAUCAUCUGUCUGCCACGGAUGCCGACUCGGGUAUCAAUGCCAUGAUUACAUACAGCCUCGUGCCUUCUGCCAAUGCAAGCCACUUCAACAUUGACCAGAAUGGCAACAUCACCCUGGUCGUGCCAUUCGAUCGCGAGCAGACAACAUACGUCGAGUUUGAUGUGAUGGCCACAGAUGGAGGCAGUCCGGCCCUCUCGACGACGACACAGGUCGUCGUACUUAUUCGUGACAUCAACGACAAUGCCCCAGUUUUCAAUCCCAGCUUCGACCAGGUGCUGGUGACCGAAAACACGGCUGAUGUCGUCAUUUUCCAGGUGUCGGCCACCGAUGCUGACACCUCGCCCUUUGCUACGCUCGUCUAUUUCUUGUACAACGCCAGCUCGCACUUUGCCAUCAACAGCACCUCGGGCGAGGUGAGCCUUGUCCAGGGCCUGGACUAUGAAGCUGCUUCAUCUGUUAUUGUAGUCAUCGGUGCAUCGGACCAAGGUGCUGAGACUCCCAAUGCCUUUUUCACGCUCACUGUGCAAGUCGACGAUGUGAAUGACAACUUUCCCAUCUUUGAUGCAACGUCAUACUCGGGCGAUGUUGUCGAAAACUCCACCACGGCCCUCGUGGUCGGCCAGGUCUGGGCGACUGACGCCGAUGCCGAUGGGCUUGCAGCUGUCACCUAUAGCAUUGAGCCUCGCGACCCGACCUUCGCAGGAUAUUUGGCUAUCAACGACUCGGGUGUGGUCUAUCUUCGUGCGGGCUACGCAUUUGAUUACGAGCUUGUGCAGACUGUUGAGUUUGUAGUUACAGCCACCGAUGUGGGCAACCAGGCGACGAAUGCCAACUUUUCGCUGGCCAUUUCUGACGUCAAUGACAAUGCCCCUGUUUACGUGGCCGCCCCUUACUCUUUUGACAUUGACGAAGAUGCAACUGUUUCUACCGUGGUGGGCACGGUCAUGGCAACAGAUGCAGACUCUGGUGCGUACGGCACUGUCGUCAACUACAUCUUGUAUUCUGCUGACGGUGCGCCGUUUGUUGUGGACGCACAAGGCACAAUCUGGCUUGUGGCCCCAUUGGACUAUGAAGCGGUAUCCUCCUACACCGUGAUCAUCACAGCUGUCGACGGCGGCAUGGUUGCCACCAAUACUUCAGUCACCAUCAUCGUACACGAUGUCAACGACAAUGCUCCGCUGUUUGGUCAGGCUGACUAUGUGGUCCAAGUUGAAGAGAACGCCGUUGAUGGCCUGGUGCUGCUAGUGCCGGCUGUGACCGAUGCGGAUAGCCCUCCUCAUGAUGUCUUUACGCUGAGCAUUCAGUCAUCUGCCGCUUCGCCUUACUUUACUAUUGCCAACGGCUCGCUUGUCGUGAGCACAGCAGUUGGCGUCUUGGACCGCGAUGUGGUGACUGCCAACCCCCGGAUCUUGACUUUGACCUUGGUGGCGACGGAUAUGGGUGGUCUUCUCUCGACCGCUCAGGUCACUGUGCAGGUUAUGGAUGUGAAUGAUAACGCCCCCCAGUUUGAUUCAUCUACAUAUGCCGUCUCGGUGUCUGAGAACACGGCGGUGGGAGCGCUCAUCAACCUUCAAGUUACGGCCACUGAUGCUGAUUAUCAGAACAACUUGACUUAUUCCGUGGACAACGCCAGCGGUGCUGUGCUGUCUGUGGAUGUGGACGGCUCUUUGCGACUGGCCACAUUGAUUGACUAUGAGACCAGCGUGCAACAUGAAGUUACCGUGCGAGUGACAGAUGAUGGCACACCAACUCUUUCCAGUACAGUGGUCAUCCGCGUCAAUGUGGUUGACGAGAACGACAACUCGCCCAUCUUUGAGAUGAGCUCUCUCCAAGCUAAUGUCUAUGAAAAUGCUGCACCAGGCAUUAUCGCCCAGGUCAUGGCCUCGGAUGCUGACGUAGUUAAUGGUGGAAGCAUCGCACGCUACGAGCUAAUCUCUCACACGGAUUUGUUCGGCAUCAAUAGCAACUCGGGUGUAGUGAGCACGCUCGUUCCCUUGGAUCGCGAGGCAAUGCCCUCGUACGCCGUGACAGUGCGAGCGUAUGACAACGGCGUAUCCACGCCCCGCUACACCGAUGCUCAACUGCUCAUCAGCGUGAAGGACGUGAACGACAAUGCGCCUUAUUUUCCUUGCGCAUUGCUGGGUCACACCAUUCGGCGUUCUGCCGAGGUGCAUGACGUCGUGGCGACAGUGCGUGCCGAAGAUGUUGACUUGACACCAGGAACGGUGACCCAUCGUAUCUCGGGUGGCAACUGCCAAGGCAUGUUUGGCAUUGCGCCGUAUGAUGGCCGUGUCUAUUUGAACCGGCCCCUGGCAACGGUGGACAGCUCAUUGUAUGUACUCGAGGUCCAGGCCUCUGAUAGCGUCCAUGUGACCACUACUACCGUCUACUUUCAGAUUGAAAGCGAGUUUGAGCAGGAAGGUCGUCGUGUGCUGGAUGCUAUACAAACAACCAUGUCAAUGGAAGGCAUGAGUCCUAGCUAUACCUUUGACUUUGGCACUGAUGACCUGGCGUCUGUCACCUCUGGUUCCGGGGAGCUGCCAUGGACCACUGCUGGGCCAUUCGUCACUGGCGCCAAUACAGGCCACGAUCACAACUACUGUAGUCACCACACCUACCAUCACUGCCACCACCAGUCAGACGAGCCCUGCCACGACUACAACCCCUACCACUACCACUACCACUACCACUACCCCUACCCCUACCCCUACCACUACCACUACCACUACCCCUACCACUACCCCUACCACUACCCCUACCACUACCCCUACCACUACCCCUACCACUACCCCUACCACUACCCCUACCACUACCCCUACCACCAGCCAGACUACGACGCCAAUGCCAACGACCACUUCCACAGCUGCUCCUUCCACAUCCGCACCCAGUGUUGUCACAAAUAUCCCAUCCACUUCUACGACAGACGGAUCCUUGACCACUACGAUCACCACCGACUCUCCAUCGACUUCCACCACCACCGCUACCACCACCACUACUACGACCGCCACCACCACUACUACUGCCGCCACCACCACUACUACUACUACUACCGCCACCACCACUACUACAGACCACCGGAGGAAACGGUGGAGGUGCCGACUGCUAUUUCCCAUUCACGUUCCAAGGCAAGACGUACGAAACGUGCACCAAGGAUCCUGACAAUCGUGCUCUUUUCUGGUGUUCCACGGGCCCUGCCUUUAAUGGACAAUCAUCAACCAGCUAUGGAAACUGCGUGCUUGAAGAGCUCACUCUUUUUUCCAACAACGGCCAGCUUGAGCUGAACUAUUCCAACGCCCUGGUUGUCAACGAAACAUAUGCAUUUGAAUUGGCACCCACUGUGGCGGCCGAGGUCUUCGUCUACAAUAACAACACUCACCAACGCAUCACCUCGGGUGUCAAGUACAACGCUGACGAGGAAACUUUGUUCAUCACGGUGGACACCAGCUACCCAGACUCUAUUUUGCUGGCCAUUGGUACCGAUUUCGCCAAUGGUGUGUCCCUAGCCGUCGCCAACCAACAGCAAGCUACGUCCACUGCGUACCCAUCUUCUGGUGUGUACACCAUUGCGGGCACUGGAAACCCAGGCACACGUCGAGAGUGCGUGUUCCCCUUCCUGUACAACGGUGUAUCCUACACGGAAUGUACGUGUGCGGGCAGCUUGGCCAGCUUCUGGUGUGCCACCACCGACAACCUUGAUCGCGACUACGAGUGGGGCUUCUGCGACCCCUCAACAUUCAAUGCCUCGAGCGAUAAAUGCGCUGCGGAUAAUGCCCAAGAUGCAGGUGCAGAAAACCAACAGGUAUUGGAUACAUUUGUCGGUUGGGAGUCUUAUUCUACAGACGACGACCAAAAUGGGGCCAGUGGCGACACCAGUGCAGGCUCUGCAGACAGCGCCUCCACUGCGGCAGUGAGCGCAAGCGUCAUGGCGGCCGUCGUCAUUGUCUGCGUCAUUCUCGUCAUUGUGGCCACCGCUAUGGUGGUAGUGCGCAAGAAGCGUCAACAAAGCGCAGUGACUUUUUUGCCAGAUACUCACCCCUCAGAGGAGGCACCCCCAGCUCCUCGGCGUGCCUUCGCGCGCCCCGCCCCACAGCCCCUUUAUUUGAAUCCGCUGCAGGCAUAAGUCAACGCUGGAACUGCGAGCGGGCAUCAUCAAUCUCUUGACAUGUCUCGUGUGGUGUGAUGCGUGUUUUCGUUUCGACUUUUUGAUCUUUCGUUUCUCUUCUCCUGAAAGUGCCCGUGCAAAACAAGCGUGUGACCUACAUGCGUUGUCGUCACCGACUGAUUUUAUGUAGCGUGUAUGGUGCUCGGUCUCACCUGUUGUGGAUGUUUUUUUCUUAUCCGAUGCUCAUGCAAUGAUGCACGCGCGUGGGAUUUUCUCGGAGCCCCUCGAUUUCGGGCACUUUGAAGGCCUCACAUCUGAGAUUGAUAUGAAUUUUGGUGCGAGUUAACCAGGCACGGGUCGCUCGCUUUGAAUUGACUGAUUAGAGU